AUGAACGAUAAUGGCUGUAAUCACUUUGGACUGUACAUUAAGAAAAAUGGAUUAUCGACUUUCAAAUCAAUUUAUACUUAUUUUGUAAAGCCUUCUUCGAAAAAGUUAAAUAUACAAAAAGCCAUUUUCUGCUUAUGCUCCGUUUGUAAUGAACACUCUCCACGAUUGCACGUUUGUCUUAGUUGUAUAUUUUUCGGAUGUUACGAUACGGGCCACAUCCAAGACCAUGCAAAAAAUGAAAGCCACCUACUGGCUUUAGAUGUAAAUCACGGGCAUAUUUUUUGCUUUGAAUGCGGAGAUUACAUUUACUCUUCCAUUGUAUUAAAACUGACUGCUACAAUUAAUCAAAAUUGGCUCAAAUCUCUGGAAAUGCCCUCCAUCUAUCGAUCUUGGGAGCCAAGUAUGGCAGAAAGAGAUCUUAUGAUAAAAAAUCCUAAGAGAAAAAGAAUAUUAGAAAAUACAACGAUAGGUUUAAGAGGUUUAAUCAAUUUAGGAAAUACUUGUUUCAUGAACUGUAUAGUUCAAGCUCUAAUGCAUACACCUCUUUUGAGAAAUUAUUUUUUAGCAGAUCAUCAUGUGUGUCAACUGGCUGAUCAACCUGGUAACUGCUUAGUAUGUGAAUUAUCUCGACUGUAUCAAGAGUUUUAUUCUGGAAAGAAAAAUCCGUUAACUUUACAUAAACUGUUGCAUUUAAUUUGGAAUCAAGCGAGGCACUUGGCAGGAUAUGAACAACAGGAUGCUCAUGAAUUUUUCAUUGCCACUUUAGAUGUUUUACAUAGGCAUUGCGAAGCAACUCAAAAAAGUUCCAAUCCAGCAAAAUGCAGUUGUAUAAUUGAUCAAAUAUUCACAGGAGGCUUGCAAAGUGAUGUUGUUUGCCAGUCUUGUAAUAAUGUUUCAACCACUAUCGAUCCAUUUUGGGAUAUAUCAUUAGAUUUAGGUCAGUCUGUUGGUCUAUCUGGAUCUGAACCGAAAUCCCUAGUUGAUUGUUUGGAAAGAUUUACAAGAGCUGAGCAUUUGGGAUCUACAGCCAAAAUAAAAUGCAAUAAUUGUAAAAACUAUCAAGAAUCAACCAAGCAACUCACAAUGAAAAAACUACCUGUUGUUGCAAGUUUUCAUCUUAAAAGGUUUGAACAUUCUACUAGACUCCAUAAAAAAAUAUCAACUUUUAUAUCUUUUCCUGAACAUUUAGAUAUGACUCCUUUUAUGUCGCAUCAAAGAAAUCUAGGUGGAAAUGGAAAUUUAAAUAAUCCUAGUGCAUACAUGUACUCUUUGUUUGCUGUGAUAAAUCAUGUUGGUUCUUUAGAUGCUGGACAUUAUACAGCAUUUGUGAGACAACAAAAAAAUCAUUGGUUUAAAUGUGAUGAUCAUUUAAUAACGAGGGCAAAUUUAAAUGAUGUUUUAACUAAUAAAAGAGGUUUACUGCUUCGUAUUUAA